AAAGGACUGAACCUGACUAGGCUCGACUUAUUCGCGGGUUCCGGCCGGCCAACACGUCGGGGUGUCGGGUUGGAAUACGCGGAUAGCUCGCUGUCUCUCCCUCAGCCCCCACGUGAUGGCAUGGCACUUUUCUCUUUGCAGGUUCUUCAUGGAGAUGGGUGUUCCUGGGAAAAAAGGGAAAAGGGGACCAAAGUUCUGCAUCUGACAUAAACAGUCGUCGCAAAUUGACUCCCCGCGAUCUGUGAGGCGUCUGCAUUGUACAGUCGCGACAACUCGACAGCCCUCUCCGUGACUAGACGCAGAUUGUCUGCUGAGAGCGCAAUCUCACUCCCGACUCACUCAUCGGCCUCCCGCUCACCUUUUUAUGAGGGCCGUUCCGCGACAUCCGACACCGUAGCAACCGCCAGGAAGAGGCCCCAUCAUCAACCCGUCCUCACAAUCUCCGUAAAUCGUCAACCAUGGCCGAGCCCUCGUCCGUCGACAAUGGCGGCGGCAUCGUAGGCCGCGUCCGGGGCGCGUCCAUCUCCAUCAUGAACGCGAACCCGCAAUUGGGCAUGUGGCAGGCCGCCGGCACAGCAAUCGCCCAGGCGCCGAACCUCACCGAGCUCCGCGACCCCGAAUCCGGCGGCGACAACAUCGCCUUCACGGCGCAGGGCCACUCGGCGCGCUACGCCGUCCAGGAACCCCACGGCGACCUGGCGCUCAUCCGAUCCAACACGGGUCGGCGCGGAUCGAUGUUUUCUAUUAAUGGGCAGUCGUCUGCCGGUGGGCGAAACGUGUUUAACGACAAGUCAGAAAAUAUCAGGGAAACGGACGAACCCGCUGUGCUGAAUGAGACUUCGGACGAAGCACGGCCGGGGACGGGGACGCAUGAUGAGAGCCUGCUGCCCAGCGAGGGUCAACAGUUCCAGCGGCGACAGAGUCUGUAUCAGAAGCACGCGGCGGAGGAGAAGGCGCCGUGGAAGACGACCAUUGUCAAUGGGUUGAAGGCGUUUUGGAAGUUCUUCCUCACGCCGUCAGGGUUCGUCAUUACCAUCUACUGCUUGAAUAUUGUCGCCUGGGGAGCCAUGCUCUUCUUCCUCCUCCUCAAGGCGGCACCAGCAAUGAACUACCCAACCGCCGACGACGACAACUCACCCCGCAAAAAGUGGCUCGAAAUUUCCAGUCAGAUCCUCAACGCCCUCUUCUGCGUAACGGGCUUCGGUCUCGCGCCCUGGCGCUUCCGCGACCUGUACUGGUACAUCCGCGCCGUCAACUUCAAGAACCAGGCGGCGAUGCUCAAGCUCGCGGCGCAGAACAAGAGCUGGUUCCGGCCGCCUGCGUGGGCUCUGCAGGGCGAGAAGGCGCCCGAGACGUUUACUGGCCAGGUCGCGCCGCCGACGGCGCUGUGGAAGUUGGGGUUCACGAUUUGGAUGAUGGUUUGGAAUACGUUUUUGCAGGCUGUGUUGUGCUAUUUCAUGUGGGGAUACAACCGACUUGAUCGACCUUCAUGGGCAACUGGCACCUUCAUCGGCUUGGGAUGCGGUGUCGCUAUGCUUGCCGGUCUCAUGUCCUGGUGGGAAGGCCGGAAGGUGAAGCAGAUUGAAGGACCAGAGGUCAAGGUCGUUGAAGGAGAGCCCGGAGAGGUGUAAUACAUAAUUUCUAAUUUGGUGUUGCCUGGCAUUGGUACAUGUAUGAAUAGAGUUGGCCUGAGAGGUAGACUUGACCUUGAUUUAAAGCGAUGUGAGUUGCAUGAGACAGCUCACGACUAAGAUGGAUAAUGAUAUGCAAAUACAACAUCCAUACCCGAAGUCGCAAGGCUUCUUUCUGUCUUUCAAUCAAUUCAAGCCAGAGAGCUCUCAAUACAUAGCUUCACAGUUUGGUG